AUGGAUGUUAUUGGUAGUGCACACAAAAUGCCUUCUCUUGAUGGAUUUGCAACUCAAUUCACAAGGGAACAAGCAAUGUUGGCACACAUGGGUACAUUGAAGCCUUCAAAGCAUCAAACACUUCUUACAAAGGAUUCCACUCCAAAGGAUUCAAGUGGCAAAGAAAAGAAGCAACAUAAGGAUUCCAAGUCUAAUGAGGAAGAAAAGGCAUGCAAACAUGUAGGGACAUUGUUACUACCCAAAUGCAUUGUUUCGCCCCUCAGAUCGCGGCCAUCUGCAUGCCUUAUUUCUUCUAAACAUUCAUUAUUCUCUGUCUCAAUAUCAUCGCAUCAUGCUACAUCCCCAACCCAAUCUUACCCACCACAAGAAGAAAAAUACAGACAGCUCUUCAACGAUGACAUUACAGAAUUCCUACUCAAGGAGUGUGGGGUUUAUGACUCUCAACUGCCAACAAUCAACAGAAGGAUUAAUGUACCCCUGUCACUACGCAAAUUCCUUCACACAGCCCAGCAGGUACUACGACUCUUCAGAGACUUGGGAUUCACUCCACACCAGUUAAGGAUUGUCAUAGGAAAACGCCCAAAUGUCCUUACAUUCAAAGUGGAUCAUCUUAAACCCAAAAUUGAUUUUCUCACCACAUUAGGCCUUACUACAAAAGACCUGGCAACGGUUAUAACCCGAUGUCCUAGAAUACUUUGCUUCAGUCAGGAGAAAAACCUUUAUGCUAAAAUUCGAUUACUUGCAAACCUGUUUGGCUCAGAAGCCCAGCUGUCCCACGCUAUCAAGAGGGCUCCAUGGAUUCUGGCAAUUGAUAGCAAUGUGACUAGUAAUGUAGCAGAGAAGUUAAAGAAAAUGAAAAGCAUUGGUCUCCAGGAAGAUGAAAUAAAAGAUAUGUUUAAGAAGGAUCCGCGCUUACUAUGUUUAACCACUGAAAUGCUUGACAAGAAGUUGAAGCAUCUGGCAAAUCUUGGUCUCAUUGAUGGGCAGAUCAACAUGGUACUUCCAUCGAUACUAAUAUGUUCUGUGGAUAAGUUGCAGAAGAACAUGGAUUUCUUGACUCAUACUGCUGGGUUUGCACCAAACAUUGUUUGCACUUAUCCUAUGUUUCUUAAGUCUAGCGUAGAGAAGAGGUUAAAGCCUCGUUUUAUGUUAUAUAAGUAUUUAACUGCAAAGCAUUCUUCAGAGCCUCUUACUAUUAGUCUGGCUACUAUGCUUACUCUAUGCGAUGAAGUAUUUUCCUGCAGGUUCCUAAGUAAUCUUCAGACACUAAAGUUAUAUGAAAGUUACGCAAGCGAAUCAUCUGAGACUGCAAUUUCGGGAUAA